GGGACCUUCAAUUCACUCUCAUCGGUCUCACACAGUACACAUCAUCUCCUCCCCUCCCCCUCCAUUGCUGUGCAGGAUGUUUCCUUAGCAUGGCAUCUCUCCUCUGGCACUAAGCUAGCUUGCUCCUACUGUUAGGGUUUGGCCAAUCACCUUUAGUUGCCACCCCCUCUCAUGACCCAUGACAUCCAUCCCCACUAGCUAUAGCUGAGCUUGGUGUCACUCUCUCUUUAGAUCUCUGUCUGGUUUGCAGAGUUUCCGGGUACUGGCUCAUUCUCCCUUAGCUGCUAAGAAAGGCCACAUAAAUUAUAAAGGGAGAGCACUUGCAAGGGGAGCAAAAGGUGUGGUUUGGUUUUGCCCCUCCUCUCUUCUUCUUUCACUCGUCUUCUCAGCUUCAAACUCUCUCACAAAGUAGAGAGGAACAAGGGGAUAACUCCUCAUCACAUCUCACCAUGGUUUUCUCCUCCUUCCCGAUCUUCCUCGACCCUCCAAGUUGGAACCAGAUGCAGCAGCAGCAGCCUCUUCAGUGUUUCAUGGGAGGAGGUGGCGGCAGCGAACACCAGCACCACCAGCUGAUCCCUCCGUCGUCCGGCCAGCUGGCGCCGCUGCCGGACGUGCCCGGCAACACUGCGGCAAGCGCGCCAGCGGUAGCCGGAUCAGCUUCGGCCUCGCUGCAGCUGGUUGUGUCGGGACAGCAGGGUAACCCGGGUGAGCAGCCACCGCGUCCGUCAGUGUCGAUGACGGAGCGCGCCCGGAUGGCCCGCGUGCCGCUGCCGGAGCCCGGCACGCUCCGGUGCCCGCGCUGCGACUCGGCCAACACCAAGUUUUGCUACUUCAAUAACUACUCGCUCUCGCAGCCGCGCCACUUCUGCAAGGCGUGCCGCCGCUACUGGACGCGGGGCGGCGCGCUCCGCAACGUCCCCGUCGGCGGCGGUUGCCGCCGCAACACCAAGCGCUCCAGCAAGAAGUCAUCGCGCCAGGGCCAGGGCCAGGGCGGUGGCGGUGCCGUCACAGCCGCCACGUCGUCCUCUUCCACCACCUCCACCUCGACCACCACGAGCGCCGCCGCGGCGACCGCGGCCGACGUCAUCGCCAGCAUGCAGGCGCUGCCGCACCACCUAGGCGGCCUCCCCGCGGCAGCUGCACUGGAGGCGUCUCUGGAGGGGUACCACAGCCACAGCCAUCACCAACACCACAACCUGCCGUUCCUGCCGCCGCAGUUCCUGCAGCAAGGGCUGCACGGGUACCACUUCGCCGACGGCGACAUCGGCUCACAGCUGGCCGACGGGUUCCCGAGAGGCGUUGCAUCGGGGCUGCUCGCGCAGCUGGCGUCGAUCAAGAUGGAGGAGCACGGCGCGGGCGCCGGCGGCGCUGGAGGCGGCUUUGUCGGAGCGCACGAGCAGUACUGGCCCGGGAGCGGUGGCGGUGGCGGGUGGCCGACGGAGUUCUUGUCCGGCUUCAGCUCUUCCUCGUCGGGGAAUGUGAUGUGAUCGUCAGGGAAUGAGAGCUGUGACCGUAGGGGAUGCAUUGGGUUAUGCAUGCAUGAAGGUGUGGAUGUCACUGAUGAAUUACGUCUCCCCGCCUUAGUUUUAAUUUAGGGUUAUGUUGUAUGGUCUCGCGCGCGUUCUUCAAUUAGGGUGGUGAUGUUGGUUUUAACAUGCAUGCUUUUUCUUCAUAUUUUAAUCUUGGGCUAUAAUUAGUUAAAUGGUGUGUGUUCCUGCCUACUUGUUAGAUCGGUGUAGUAGGGAGAUUACUGUGUUCAAGUGUUGUAAACUUCAUGCAAGGAGGGUGAUAUGAGAUGUACUGUGUUAAGUUACUUAACAAUACUAUGUUUAAUUAUAUGAGGAACUUGCUUGGUAUGAAAA